AUGAACAAUACCCUCGUUAUGGAGACGGAACAGACACUGAAGUUUACGUGUCAGUUCGAGCUGCAGAUGUAUCCAGUUGACCGUCAAGACUGUUUUCUGCUCUUCACUAUCCCUGACCUUAAUAACGAGUUCGGUGUGCUGCAGAAGGAUUCUGCUGGAGUCAUGUUCGAAGGAUCGCGACGCCUCCUAGAGUACGAACUAGUGAAAGAAGUGCUCACGGAAGUGGCUGACGAUCGAACCAGCUUCAUGCAGGUGCGUUUGUCAUUCAAGAACCUUUAUGGCUACUACGUUGGCAACACCUUUGUCCCGAGCCUGCUUCUCAUCGUUAUAGCCUACCUCACUCUUUAUUUCGAUUACUCAGACUUCCAGGAUCGUGUCAUGGUGUCUCUGACAUCCUUGCUCGUGUUGGCUACAUUCUUCACUCAGACCAGUGCUAGCAUCCCAAGAACAUCUUACCUCAAGCUCAUCGAUGCCUGGUACGUGGCACUCAUCUGCGAGAACUUCCUUGUGAUCGUGUCUUUGGUAGUGGUGGAAAACCUUCGUCUUCAAGGCAAGCCUGUUGCGACCAAAGUUAUUCCUAUGAAAGACUGCGAAAACAUUUCAAACGUAAUUUAUGCCCACUCCUUCGAGUGA